AUGGCUCGGAAAUCAACGCCGCAACCCUUAGAUGCGCCACGGAAAAAACCCGGACCAAAACCAUGGGCGACACCUGAUCAAUGGGACCAUCUCGAGGGUGGUAUCCCAGGCUACCGCUGUGCGCAAGGAACGAAGGGAAAGAAGGCCGCCAUCGAUAACUUUAUCGAAGACUUCAUGCCUACAUGGUGGGAGAAGUUCCCUCUCGAAGGAGACAGGACAGCGGAGGGAGAUCGCAAGCGCAUAAAACAAUGGUUCCAAAAUCAUGGUUCUAUCAAGAAGGCAGCGACUGGCAUUCACAUCCGCGACAUCUUUCCGAAGCAGAGAUCGCGUGCACUCAAGCCAGUUGAGUUGUAUUCACACAAGUACUACAAGUCACGAGUCAAGCCGUUUGUCGAUGAAAAGAAGAAGGGUGCAACAACUCAAGGGGAGGUGCUGAAUAUUGUGAAGGAAACGACAAGGGAGAUGUUUGUGAGUGAGCCAGAGGAGAUACGCCAGGAAAUUUUGACGGAGGCGAAGGAGCAGCCACCAUUAGUCCCGGCGAAGGAUGGCAUAAUGACACCUGAGAUGUAUGCUGCUGCAAUCAAGGUGGCGCCUGGUCAAAUUAAACUCUUCACGAAGGCUUUGGCAGAUGCUACUGGCUGCGGAGUGCUACUUAUAUUUGGAGGCCCCGAUCCCUGGGAGCCUCGAGGAAAGAUAGCUACAUACGGCUUUCACGCUGGGGAAGACCAGCAAGGACGUACAUUUGGACAGGUCUUUCCGAAAUUCAGGGAGACUUAUCUAAGCCCAUUCACUCGUUUUCUGAAGACGGUGUUUCCUCCUGAUGUACGUGCGGCUCGUGUGCUUGGGGGGAACACCACUAUCACUCAAAAUUCGGAGGGCGGUGUGCAGGGCUCAGAGGAUAUCGAUGUGGACAAUGACGCUGGUGCGGCAGCAGAAAAGGAGGAGGGCAUCAGGAGGAACGAGUUACCUCCAUCUGAAGGUGGUCAGAUUGACGCAGGCGAAUCCCCUUCUAACGCCGAGAAGCAGCCUGAGGAGCCAAAUCCCGAGGACAACAAUAGGUCUGGUCAGACUGGUAUGGCCGUGCAUGACGUACCAUCUGCCCCAAGUACUCCCACUCAGUCCUCGCCACUGCCAGCAUCGCCCACCAACUCCGUAGGGAUCUCACCUAUCUUGCAGGUUCCCGCAUCUCCUCGUAGUGAAUUGCCUGACUCAAAUCCGACCGGAACCAUUUCCAAGGACAUCGCCCCGCCCGCAUCACCCACCAACUCUGGGGAGGGAUCACCUAUCUCGCAGGCUCCCGCGUCGCUUCAUAGUGAGGCGCUCGGCUUAGAUCUGACUGGAGUCAUUGCCAAGGAUGUGGCCGAUAAGCCCGUUAUGCAGGUGGAGGGUUCUAAUGAAUCGAACCCCGUCAAUUGUACAGUUAAACGUCCUCGUUCCUGGCCAAGUCAUGCUCCAGUACUUGAUGGGCUCGUAACUACGCGAGAGAAAAGGGCGAGGACAGGCCCCGCACCGAAGGAGAUCCUCACCCUGGCGGAACGAGUGAGGCGGGGGAAUGGACUGGGAGGAAUGGAAAAAGAGGUGACUGUAGCGCCGAAGUCGAAGCGUGGUAGAGGGAGGAAAAAUGUUUUGGCAUAG